AGGGUUGGAUUGGAGGUGCCAAGCAUCGAAGUGAGGUACAAAAACUUGACAAUUGAAGCUGAUGUUCAGAUAGGUUCAAGAGCUUUGCCAACUUUGAUCAAUUACACGCGAGACGCCCUUGAGGGUAUGAUAACCGGCAUAGGAAUAGGUCGUCCUCAAAGACAUUCCUUGACCAUCUUGAAUGAUAUCAGUGGCGUUAUCAAACCUGGAAGGAUGACAUUGCUGUUAGGACCUCCAGGAUCAGGCAAAACUACCUUACUUUUGGCUCUUGCAGGAAAGCUUGAUGACAACCUCAAGAAAAGUGGUAGUAUAUCAUACAAUGGCCAUGAGCAAAACGAGUUUUGUGUUCAAAGGGCUUCUGCAUACACUAGCCAAACUGAUAAUCACAUUGCAGAACUGACAGUGAGAGAAACUUUUGAUUUUGCCAACAGAUGUCAAGGUUCAAGUGAUGCAGAGAUUGUGAAAAAUCUGGAACUCUUAGAGAAGGAGAAGAACAUUCUUCCUAGUCCAGAAAUUGAUGCGUUUAUGAAGGCAACGGCUGUUGGUGGCAAAAGGCACAGUGUGAUGACAGAUUAUGUUUUGAAAGUGCUUGGUCUUGAUGUAUGUUCAGAUACGGUUGUAGGCAAUGAUAUGUUAAGAGGGGUCUCUGGUGGCCAAAAAAGAAGAGUUACAACUGGUGAUCUGUCUCUCCUCUCUAGGAAUUUGUUGCAAUUUUAUUUUGAAAUUGUGCUCUUGUGGUGGUGUAUUCUGAAGGGGUUAUUUUAUGUGACAGGAGCUAACAACCAAAUUGACAUGGUUUCCAUAAAUGGAAAGAUUCCCUUUUUGAUUGUGGUUUGUACAAAAGUGAUUGUGGGGUUUAAUUGA